UGAAGGUGCCCUUCCCUCUCGCCUUUCUUCUCUAUGGUCGCUUCCUUUGGUGACGGGAAAUGGGGUCUCGGCGCCUGCGCAAAGCCGACCUGGGCGCUAGUCGUGGAGGGAGGGGGCAGGGAGCGGGAGCUGCCGCCGCCGCCGGAGCUAACCGCGGGGACCGAGAUGCAGCUGCUGCCGCUCACCCCGUGUCUUCUGGCCGCUUCCCUCUUUGCUGCCCCUCCCCACAGGCUCCCCCUCUCCACCUCCUGGGGACCAUCAUGAAUGGUGCCCCUUCCCCAGAGGAUGGGGCCUCCCCUUCCCCUCCCCCCUUGCCACCGCCCCCUCCUCCUAGUUGGCGGGAAUUCUGUGAGUCCCAUGCCCGGGCUGCUGCCCUGGACUUUGCCCGCCGAUUCCGCCUCUACCUGGCCUCCCACCCCCAGUAUGCAGGUGCUGAGGCUGCCUUUUCCCGCCGUUUUGCUGAGCUCUUCCUGCAGCACUUUGAAGCUGAGGUGGCCCGGGCCUCUGGCUCCCUCUCGCCACCCAUCCUGGCUCCCCUGAGUCCUGGUGUGGAGAUCCCGCCACAUGACCUGUCCCUUGAGAGCUGCAGGGUGGGUGGGCCCCUGGCUGUGCUAGGCCCUUCUCGAUCAUCUGAGGACCUGGCCAGCACCCUCCCUUCCUCGGUCUCUUCCUCUUCUACGACCUCCUCGAAGCCGAAGCUAAAGAAACGCUUCUCCCUCCGUUCAGUGGGUCGCUCCGUCCGUGGUUCAGUCCGUGGCAUCCUGCAGUGGCGGGGGGCUGUUGACCCUCCCUCCCCUGCUGUGCCCCUAGAGACCUCAACAGGCCCCCCAGUCUUAGGUGGAAACAGCAACUCCAACUCCUCUGGUGGGGCUGGGACCAUUGGCAGGGGACUGGUUAGUGAUGGACCCUCCCCUGGGGACAGAUGGACUCACCGUUUUGAGAGGCUGAGACUCAGUCGGGGAGGGGGGACCUUGAAGGAUGCAGCAGGGAUGGUGCAGAGGGAAGAGCUGCUGAGUUUCAUGGGGGCUGAAGAGGCAGCCCCUGACCCAGCUGGAGUGGGCCGGGGGGGAGGGGCAGCCGGGCCUACCUCAGGGGGAGGAGGGCAGCCUCAGUGGCAGAAGUGUCGCUUACUGCUUCGGAGUGAAGGAGAAGGAGGAGGAAGUCGCCUGGAGUUCUUUGUACCACCCAAGGCGUCCCGGCCACGACUUAGCAUCCCCUGCUCCACUAUCACUGACGUGCGGACGGCCACGGCCCUGGAGAUGCCUGACCGAGAGAACACAUUUGUGGUUAAGGUGGAAGGCCCUUCAGAAUACAUCCUGGAGACGGCUGACGCACUACAUGUGAAGGCCUGGGUGUCUGACAUCCAAGAAUGCCUGAGCCCAGGACCCUGCCCUGCUACCAGUCCUCGUCCCAUGACCCUCCCUCUGGCCCCUGGGACCUCAUUCCUUACGAGGGAGACCACAGACAACCUGGAGCCUCCUUGCCUCAAUCACUCAGAGAGUCUGCCCAGCCAGGAUCUGCUGCUGGGCCCCAGCGAGAGCAAUGACCGCCUGUCGCAGGGAGCUUAUGGGGGCCUCUCAGACCGCCCCUCGGCAUCCAUCUCCCCCAGUUCUGCCUCCAUUGCCGCCUCCCAUUUUGAUUCAAUGGAACUACUUCCCCCAGAAUUGCCCCCCCGAAUGCCUAUUGAAGAGGGACCCCCAGCAGGGGCGGUUCAUCCCCUCUCAGCCCCUUACCCACCCCUGGACACUCCGGAGACAGCCACAGGGUCAUUCCCGUUCCAGGGGGAGUCAGAGGGAGGUGAGGGGGACCAGCCCCUCUCAGGGUAUCCUUGGUUCCACGGGAUGCUCUCUCGACUCAAGGCCGCCCAGCUAGUACUGGCGGGAGGCACCGGCUCCCAUGGUGUUUUCCUGGUACGGCAGAGUGAGACAAGGCGGGGCGAGUAUGUCCUCACUUUCAACUUCCAGGGCAAGGCUAAGCACCUGCGUUUGUCGCUGAAUGAAGAAGGUCAGUGCCGGGUCCAGCACCUGUGGUUCCAGUCCAUUUUCGAUAUGCUCGAGCAUUUCCGGGUGCACCCCAUCCCGCUGGAGUCUGGAGGCCCCAGUGACGUUGUCCUUGUCAGCUAUGUCGUAUCCUCCCAGCGACAGCAGGGCCGGGAGCAGGCCGGGAGCCAUGCAGGGGUGUGCGAGGGAGAUCGAUGCUACCCCGAUGCCUCCUCCACCCUCAUGCCCUUCGGAGCGAGUGACUGUGUAACCGAACACCUCCCAUGACCUACCCCAGCCCCCUGAACCCCCUUCAUGGACAGACCCCCCACAACCUGGGGCAGAAGAGGCGUCGGGGGCGCCAGAAGUGGCGGCAGCAGCAGCCGCAGCAGCCAAAGAGAGGCAAGAGAAAGAGAAAGCGGGCAGUGGAGGGGUCCAGGAAGAGCUGGUCCCCGUGGUUGAGCUGGUCCCCAUGGUUGAAUUGGAAGAGGCCAUAGCACCUGGCACGGAGGCCCAGGGAGUUGCUGGAUCUAGUGGGGAUCCUGGGGUGACCCUGAUGGUGCAGCUCCAGCAGCUGCCACUAGGGGGCGAUGGAGAAGAAGGGGGCCAUCCCAGAGCCAUUAAUAACCAGUACUCCUUUGUGUGAGGCACCCUCUCCCACCCUUUCUCCGCUCUUCUUGCUCCCCAGCCGUCAGUUGGAGAGACUGGGGCUGGGCCACGACACAGAGGAGCGGUAGGAAUCCCUCCCCACAUGCUUCCUGACCCUUGAAGGCCAAGGGCAUGUAUGAUGGUACAAGAAAAGGUUUAAGAGCCCUGUUAGCUCCCCAGUUCAUACACUACAGGUGCCCUGUCCCCUGGGCAGGGGAUUCGGUUCCAUGACCUCCCUUAGGGGCUCUAUGGUCAACCCCACCCCUGGGGGCCAUUUCCCUAUUAACACCCCCCCAGCCCAAGGAAGGGUGUGGGGGAAGGGCUGUCAGUUAUAUUAAGGUGGUUGUUGUUGUUGUUUUAAACAAAAUGGAGAAGCAUAAAUAAAUAAAAGGGUUUAUCUCAGUUCCAUCGUGA